AAAUGAUAAUUUAAUUAUUAUUCCUUCACGAGAAGGAAAAAGCAACUCAACCCUACUCUAAAUUGUCGAAGAACGAGCACGUUCGUGUAACUUUUGCUUAUUGUUAAUUAAAAUUUAAAUUUUAUACUUCAUUUGGAGUAAAACGGUACAACAAUGCAUAUAUUUUUGAGAGGACAAGAAACACACUCUUAUGAGGUGGGAGAUGAAAAAAUUUCUCAUUUAAAAAAUCUUAUUGAAGAGGUUGAAGGAAUAGACAAAGAAGAAAUUGUUCUUUACUUCGGUGGUUCACCUCUUGAAGAUGACCAAAGUGUAUCAGAAUGUUUAACUGAAGGUGCAACAGUUGAUUUCAGUGUAAAACUUAGAGGAGGCAAAGUUCACGGAUCAUUGGCUCGUGCUGGAAAAGUAAAAGGCCAGACACCAAAGGUUGAAAAGCAAGAAAAAAAGAAAAAGAAGACAGGACGUGCCAAGCGAAGAAUGCAGUUCAAUAGAAGAUUUGUAAAUGUAGUUGUAACAUUUGGCCGAAAGAAGGGUCCUAAUUCUAAUUCAUAAUUUAUCUUGAUGAUUUGGAUGACACUUGUAAAUGUUUAAAUAAAUUUUUUGUCAUCUA